AUGGUCCACGCCGAUGCGUCCAACUUUGCCGAGGGCAUCACCAAGGAUGAUGCCUAUGAGCAGGUGUUGCUCCAGGCCGAAGGGCUCUUUUACGGUCAGCGCAACUGGGUUUGCAAUCUUUCCAACGCUGCCUCACUGCUAUGGCAUGCCUACAAGUCCCUUGCCGCCCCGAGCAGUGAGGUAAACUGGGCAGGAUUCUAUGUGCUGGAUCCCACUGCCAGUGAGCAGCUCAUCCUGGGACCGUUCCAGGGCAAAGUUGCCUGCCAAACGAUCAAGUUCGGAAAAGGUGUGUGCGGCACUGCUGCGGCCACCAAGACUACGCAACUAGUUGAGGACGUGGAGAAGUUCCCCGGCCACAUUGCGUGUGAUAGCGAGAGCCAAAGUGAGAUUGUGGUGCCCAUUCUGUCAGGCGACAAAGUCGUUGCCAUCAUUGACGUCGACUGUGCCGUCUUGAACGGAUUCGAUGAGACGGAUAAGAAGCACCUGGAACGACUUGCCGACCUUUUGUCAAAGAGCUGCGACUGGUAG